ACUGCAGCUGUGUGUGCAGAAGGCUAUAAUAUUUGAGUGGUGUUCGAGUAGCGCUCGCUCAGUCCCGCAGCAGCGUCCACCGCGAACAGCAGCACGAGGAGCUUCACGCGCCGCUGGGCUUCAUUUCUCACACAAGUUUACAUUAACGCUUCUUUCAUGAGCUUCCCCACCUCUUUUUACCCUCCAGGACCCUUUCAUCUGUACGUUUGUGCCUCAAAAAGGAUCUUGCAGACACCGUUAUUUUAACCCAGUUUUAUUGAAAUGCAUGUGGAAAUCUAUGAAGACCUUUAUUAAGGAUUAUUGGCAUGUAGUUUAAUGUGGAAAAAUGUCUAAAAGGAUCUUAAUACAGAUGUUGUGGGAAGUUUAAUGCAGAUGUUGUGAUGGUUGGUUAUCAGCUGUGAAGCGCAAACCUGAAUAAGAACAACGAAACUCAGAAAACCACUAAGUAGUAGAUAUUAUCAUGGCCUACAGUGGAGCGCAGAAGGCUUUGAAGAGUGAUAAGUUAGAUGAAGCUCAAGCUCUGGCCAAAAGCUGUGCGGGCAGACCGGACUUCCUCCCCUGUGAUGGACUGUCCAUCUGCGCAACACACAGCCAUGGAAAGUGUUUCAAACUGCACUGGUGCUGCUAUUUGGGCUGGUGUCACUGUAAAUAUGUGUACCAGCCCAUGACCAACGUUGCUCAGCUGCCCAGCACACCUGUGCCUGCGGCUCCGUCUGACUGCCCCGACACCAUUGAUCUGUCCAUUUCUCUGACCGAACGCUUCCUCCGCAUCUCCCCCUGCUUCCAGGCUCCACCCUGUCCAGAAUCGCCCAAAUACUGCAACAUCGCCGAACUCUUUAUUGACGACUAUAUCGUUAAACGAAUCAACGGCAAGAUGUGCUACGUGCAGCGGCCCCAGGCUCAUGUGGAGCCAGCUCAAAUGAACCCCAUUCAGAAACAGCACACCGAAGACAAACAGAUUGUUGAGGAAACUGUCAAAGGACCAAAAAUGGGCCACUGCUCUUCGCCCUCUACCUCCGAGGACUCAGGGAUCAACGCUUUAGGAGGACACUUCCUGGAGUCCUGCGAGGAAGAGUCUGAGGAAGAGGAUGAGCUCAGCACGGAUGGACACUCCAGUCCGGGGAGUCUAUGGGACCAGGAUGAAUGCACCCUGCUGUCCCCUUCCAAAUCUAUGGUGGAGAUUAUUGAAAACAUCGAAACGACCGUGUGAUGUUUGCUGACUGCAUAGUUAAUAGUCUUUUUGUUCUUUUCACAUCUCUCUUUCUCUCUGUUUGAUGAGAUUAAUUUUUUGUGCUAAAUGGAAUAUUGUAUGUAGAGGACAAUGCUUCACUCAUAAAGGCAGUGCUACACUUUA